UAUCUUGGAUAUGGUUUACCGUUCCUGCUAUAGUUAUUGCUGCCUAUACACACAUUCUUCUUCUUAAAGCACUUUUGGUGUUGGGUUCACAUUUAGAUGAAUAGCCUUGUUUGUUUCCCUGCUAGUUUCUUAAUUUUUUUUUUUUUUUGAUGCUCUCUCCUUUGUUAUGAUUAUUGAUUUCUUCAAUGCAGUUUUGAGCAAUUCUGCAUUAAUUUGACCAACGAAAAACUGCAGCAACAUUUCAACCAGGUUUGUGUAGUGAUUCAUUUGACAGUCUCAUAGCUGAGAAAUGUUAAUAGUCUAAAACCUUUUGUUUUUCCCUUUUCCAGCAUGUUUUCAAGAUGGAGCAAGAAGAGUAUACCAAAGAGGAAAUUGACUGGAGUUACAUAGAUUUCAUUGAUAACCAAGAUAUCCUUGAUCUUAUAGAAAAGAAACCUGGCGGGAUCAUUGCUCUUCUUGACGAGGCUUGUAUGUUCCCAAGAUCAACACAUGAGACCUUUGCAGAAAAGCUAUAUCAGACUUUUAAAGAUCAUAAGCGGUUCAGCAAGCCAAAGUUGUCCCGGACUGAUUUUACUAUUUGCCACUAUGCUGGUGAUGUCACGUACCAAACCGAGUUCUUUUUGGAUAAGAACAAGGAUUAUGUAGUUCCAGAGCACCAAGCAACACUUAUUGCUUCAAGGUGCCACUUUGUCGCUGGCUUGUUUCCACCUUUACCUGAAGAUUCUUCUAAACAGACCAAGUUUUCCUCAAUUGGCGCUCGAUUUAAACAACAAUUGCAAUCAUUGCUUGAGACACUUAAUGCCACAGAGCCUCAUUAUGUUCGUUGCGUGAAGCCAAAUAAUCUCUUGAAGCCAGAAAUUUUUGAGAAUCAAAAUGUACUCCAGCAGCUUCGUUGUGGGGGAGUUCUGGAGGCUAUUCGGAUCAGUUGUGCUGGCUAUCCUACUCGGAAGCCAUUUGAUGAAUUCUUAAGUCGGUUUAAGGUCCUUGCUCCUGAAGUUUUAAACGGAAGUAUUGACGAGGUUGCUGCUUGUGGGAGACUUUUAGAGAAAGCUCACCUCAAAGGUUAUCAGGUUGGUAAAACAAAAGUGUUUCUUAGAGCUGGUCAAAUGGCAGAAUUAGACACUCGCCGAAAUGAGGUCCUUGGCAGGUCUGCUAGCAAAAUCCAGGGAAAAGUUCGCACAUAUUUCGCUCGCAAAAAAUUUGUGUUGUUACGAGUUUCAGCAAUCCAAAUCCAAGCUGUUUGUAGGGGCCAGCUUGAACGGGCUCUCUAUGAGCGCAUGAGGAGGGAAGCUGCCUGUCUGAGGAUCCAAAAAGAUGCACGCAAGUACAUUGCAAGGAAAUCUUAUGGAUUGCUGUGUUUUUCAGCUGUUUCCAUUCAAGCAGGAUUGCGUGGUAUGGCUGCUCGAAACGAGCUUCAAUUCAGAAAGCAAAAAAAUGCAGCUACCUUUAUCCAGCGUUAUUUGCGGAGAUACUUGAAACGCCGGCAUUAUAGGAGGAUGAAGAAAGCAGUAGUUGUGCUACAAUGUUCCUGGAGAGCUAAAAUGGCCCGUAAAGAACUACGGAAGCUAAAGAUGGCAGCGAAAGAAACUGGAGCUCUCCAAGAAGCCAAAAGCAAGCUGGAAAAGGAAGUUGAAGAGCUGACCCAGAGACUAGAGGCGGAGAAGCGCAUGAGGGAUAAUCUGGAGGAAGCUAAAAGCCAGGAAACAAUAAAAUUACAGUCUGCAUUGGAAGAGAUGAGGCUUCAGCUUCAAGAAACUAAAGAGUUGCUCAAGAAGGAAUGUGAGGCUGCCACAAAGGUCGUGGAACAAGGAUCUGUUACACAAGAGGUCCAGGUUAAAGAUCAGGGGCUGCUCACGAAGGAACAUUCGGCUGCCACAAAGGUCGUGGAACAAGGAUCUGUUAUACAAGAGGUCAAAGUUAUAGAUCAGGUGCAGGUCAACAAGCUUACAGCAGAAAAUGAGCAGCUUAAGGUUCUUGUUAACUCAUUGGAAAAGGAAAUUGAUGAAAAAGACAAAAAAUAUAAGGAGACAGCCAGAGUAAGUGAGGAGCGACUGAAGCAAGUUCUGGAGGCCGAGUCUAAGAUAACUCAGCUGAAGGAUGCCAUGCAAAGUUCUAGAGAGCUCCUAAUGAAGGAUCCCGAGGCUGCCACAAAGUUGUUGGAAGAAGUAGAGUUCCAGGUUGCAGAUCAGGAGGUGUCAGGCAAGAUUACUGCUGAAAAUGAACAGCUCAAGGUUCUUGUUAACUCAUUGGAAAAGAAAAUUGAUGAAACAGAGAAAAAAUAUGAGGAAACAAGCAAAGUAAGUGAGGAGCGAUUGAAGCAAGCUCUGGAUGCAGAGGCUAAGAUAAUUGAGUUGAAGCUUAACAUGCAAAGGCUUGAAGAGAAACUUUCCGAUAUAGAAGACCAGCAGAUUCUUCGACAGCAAGCGUUACAUUUACCUACUGGAAGAACUUCAAGCCGUUUCACACCUUCUGAAAACGGUCAUCAUGAACCACUGGCUCCAACACCAUCAAGAAGGUUUGGUACAGAUUCUAUGAGGAGAUCCAAUGCUGGAGCAGCAAAAUGGUUUGGUACAGAGUCUAUGAGGAGAUCCACUGCUGAAAGGCAGCGGGAGAGUGUGGAUAUUCUUAUCAAAUGUGUCAGUCAAGAUUUAGGGUUCAGUGAAGGGAAACCAGUGGCAGCAUUUACCAUAUACAAAUGCCUACUUCAUUGGAAUUCCUUCGAAGCAGAAAAAACUAAUGUAUUUGAUCGUCUUAUCCAGAUGAUUGGUUCUGCGAUAGAGGACGAGACAAACAAUAAUCACAUGGCUUAUUGGCUGUCCAACAGUGCAACAUUGUUGUUUUUGCUUCAGCAUACGCUGAAAACUACUGGUUCAGCUCCAAGUAAACCGCCCCAACCAACAUCGUUUUUUGGUAGAAUGGCGCAGAGCUUCCGGUCUUCAUCUGCCAACCUUGCUAUUGGUGGUCUCGACACUGUACGUCAGGUUGAGGCAAAGCAGCCAGCUUUAUUUUUCAAGAUGCAGCUCAGUGCUUAUGUCGAAAAGAUUUAUGGAAUUGUUCGGGAUAACUGGAAAAGGGACUUGUCUUCACUACUGACUUCAUGUAUCCAGGCAUCUCAAACAUCAAAAGGCGGCUCCUCACAAUCACCACGGAAGUCCGUCGAUGGUCCUCCUCCGACCACUCCCUGGGAUGGCGUAACUGAGAGCCUAAAUGGGCUUCUCAGUACACUGAAAGAAAAUUAUGUUCAUCCAGUUUUUGUCCAGAAAAUUCUAAACCAGAUAUUUUCUUACAUAAAUGUUCAGCUUUUCAAUAGCCUUCUCCUUCAAAGAGAGUUCUGUACAUUCAGCAAUGGGGAGUAUGUAAAAGCUGGAUUGCAAGAACUAGAACAUUGGUGCGGAAAUGUAAAAGAAGAGUAUGUUGGUUCUUCUCUGGAUGAACUAAAGCAUGUGAGGCAGGCAGUAGGAUUCCUGGUUAUUAAUCAGAAAUCGAGACUUUCAUCUGAAGAUCUAACAACUGAUCUCUGCCCCAUUUUGAGUAGUCAACAGUUGUAUCGGAUAUGUACACUUUACUGGGAUGAAGAUUUUAAUACUCAAGGUGUAUCCCCAGAAGUCAUUUCCAGUUUUAAGGAUCAAGCAAAAGAAAACGCGAAUGAUGCAGACAAUGCAAAUGAUGCAGAUAACAACUUUGUAUUGGAUGAUAAUUCCAGCAUCCCCAUCUCUGUUGAGGAUAUUAACAGUUCCCUCAAGGACGUUGAUUUUACCGGUGUAAAACCUGCAAACGAACUGCUCGAAAAUGCAGCCUUCCAAUUUUUACGCGAAUAAGGCUGAGGUUUCUCGAUCACAAAGUGCAUGUUCAUUGGAAGGACGAUGCCCAAGUUUCCCUUUCAUGAAUAUCAACUAUUGUACAUCCACUAAUCGAUUCUUUUUCCCUCCGGAUGCACCAUUUUUGUUUUUAUACCAUAACAUCCAACGCCCCUUGUAAAGUUGCUCUAAUGUAGUAUUCUUGUAAAAUUGUAGAUCUAGUUUAGAUAGGAGAAGGGGCAGGGGUGAAGUUUUCCAAUUUAGAGCUUGUUCCACUUAGUCUUUGUUCUUCUUAUUUGUCUCAUUUUUAUCCACCAUUUAGAGUUGGCGUUAGCUAGAUUCUUUUGUAACAAGGACUAAUUGGAGUACAAUAUUAUUGUAAGAGCAAAUGGCCAAUUCAGUGCCCCAUGAGCAUAAGGUG